AUGGCUGCCCUAGCGCUGCGUGAGCUGCGCUUGCAGAGCUUCAAGCGGGUCUACCGCCUGGGCACUUCGGAGCUCUGCGGGGCCCUGCAGGAAGCCGCGAGGCGGCGCAUCAACAACCGCCAGGUCUGGGACGCGCUGCUCUACCGCGCCACCUUGCUGCGGGGGGAGUUCCGGCCCAAGGAUCUGGCGCUGACCCUGGACUCGCUGGCCCGCAUCAGGUACAAGGACUCGGCAGUAUUAGACUACCUCCUCCAGGAGGUUCGAAACAAGGCUCGGCGCUUCCUGGUUCGCGAUGCCUCUCUGCUGCUGAACGCCUUGGCCAAGUUCGGGCUGCGCGACGAGCUGCUGCUGCGGAGCUUGCUGCCUCCGCUGCUGCGGCGGAUCACGGAGCAGUCCAAGCAAGAGGAGUUGUCACUACUCGCUCUCUCCUAUGCCAGGCUUUCAGAUCCAAGCCGCGAUCCAGUGUUCGAUCGGAUUGUGGCAUCACUUACACCUCGUAUGAACCGAAUUGACGACGGCCACACGCUGUCCCUUCUCGCUUGUGCUUUCUCUCGUGCCACAGUGAGGCAGGCUCAGCCGGAGGAGCUGGAGGAUGCAGGGGAGAAGGAAGAGUCCAUCCAGCCUCUCUUCCUGCCAGAGGCUGACGGCGAAUGUUCACAUCUGGCGUUCAUAGAAAUGUUGCUGGAGCAAUGUCAAAGGCACAUCCUAGCUUUUCGUGGCUCUGAUGUUCUGCAUUUGUGCUUGGCGCUGGCCAAUUUGACGCGCACGGGUCAAGGCGAUGUGAUUCCGCCGCGGCUACUCCCCCGUUUGGCGAAGCGCCUUGACGCCCUGUACUACGAGCUGCUGCCCGGACAGUUUGUCCGCUUCCUCGAGCUUUUCCCGUACUUGCCGGAGCUUGAGGAAUCCUGUGGUCCUCGCAUCCUGGACGAGUUGGCCUACAGGGCCAGGGAAGUGAUGCCAAGGUCGUGCUUGCCCAUGCUGCGGGCGGCCUUCAGACUGAAGCAUGCGCGCGGCCAGUCCAUCGCCGCCUGGCGCCUUACGCGCAGCGAUGCCAAGAGCACAUUCCUCACGCCUGCGGAGACGUGCGAGGUGGCCAGCAUGCUGGUCCAAGUUGCAGUGCCUCAGAGGCUGCCUGCUGUACAUGCUGACACAGGCGAAGCGCCGCAGAACCUGCUGUGGGAGGCCCGGGAGGCUCUGUUGAUCAUGCUCCAGGGCCUGAAGCAGCGGAACGUGGAGCCCAAGCCUUCGGCGCUCUGCAGCCUGCUGGACUCCGCGGCCCUGCUGUCGGUGAGGGACACGCAAUGGUUCUACCUGUGCCAGAAGCUUUUGGCUCACCAACCAAUUCUGGCAAAGCGGUCUCUAGGCUCCCCAGAGAGCCUUGGGGAAUCCUUCGAUGAGGCAGACCUUGCCAAAGCCACGCUCGCGCUUGCGCGCCUGUCCUUCCCGCAGCUCAUCGACGCUGGCUCGAUGUUCUCCAGGGCGGCCGCGGUGAGAUCGCCGCAGGCGGCCUCCGCAGUUCUGGAGGCAGCAGCGAUCUUCGCGUUGACGGAGCGCAAGCCGCAGGACCUCUCGGCGGCGAAGCUGUCCCCCUUGGUGCUGGCAGUGGACGGCGGUUUGAGGACCCAGGAUGAGAAAGAGGCCUGGGGAUGUGAAUGGACAUUCCUACCCAAAAGCAUCACUCGAGCGGAGACCCUGCCGCGCCUCUUUCCCUUCUCUGGGAUCCUGGCAGCCCAGGCGGCCGACCCGGAGGUCCUCGCCCGCUGGCGAUCCGCGGUAUCCACGGCCACAGCCAUGGCUGCAGCCUCCCGCGGGGCUUCGCCGCAUUUCCAGGACUUGGUGCUUCAGGACGGCUGUCGACUUGGGAGGUGGGAUUGGAGACUGAUGUUGUUGUGGGGCCAAUGA